AUGACAACCCUAAAAGAGCCGGCUGUAUUUGCUGAAAUAUUACCUAAUGUUCGAUCGAUGUCCAUAAACAUCGGAAUACCAGAAGAAAAGACGAAAUCUAUCUAUAAAAUUGAAAUACGUCCAUUAAAAAUUAUUGUCGAGGAGCAAAAAACAUCGAUCCCUUUACAAACGGUUUUAAAUUGUUCCCAGACCAUAGAAACAUCAGAACAACCUUCAAUAACUACCUCUAGCGAAAGUUUAGAUAUUAAAGUUAAACUGAGAAGUUAUGUUCGUAAAAAACCGGCAAAGCAAUCGACGGAAAAUGAUAUUAUCCCACCCUUUUCCGCAGCCGAAGUUGCUAAGCUCAAAAAUAUCAAGUGCAGCAGCUGUAAAACGAAUUUGCUUAAACCAAAAGUAUUCGAUAAGAUAAUGGAUAUGCCUUCCGAACAUUGGUUAGAAUUACUAGAUUGUUGGAUGUGUCAUAAAGAGAAUUACCAACAAGCACACAUAGGUGACAUUACUGCAAAAGAAAAAACUUGUUUGGUGGGCAACACUUAUUUUUUGGUGCAUAAUGCUGAUGUUAAAAGUGGUGCUGUAAAAAUUGAAGAUGGUGUUACUCAAUUGGAUUGGGCAAGGGAGCUUUCUAGAAAGUGGAGGCCCAUGAGUUGCUCCAGAUGUUUGAGCCCUAUCGGAGAAGGACUAUAUUCUACGUUUGAUGAACCAGAUACGAUACCAUUGGCUAUUAAAUUUAACAAAUACCUGACGAUAAUUGAACUAGAAGAGAAUAAAGAAUCUUUAGAAUGUGGUAGUUCGUCUGUACAUAUGUGUCGGUUUACUGCCAUUAUAGCAACUGACUUCCUUGAGGCAGCAAAAGCACAUGCUACUUAUCGAUUCAUCAUUGAAGGAAGAAAGUCGAAUACACCACUUAUACUGAUUUGGCUAUUUGACUGGAACACAAAAAUUAUGUUUAAUGCUUUGCAAGAUGUGUCUCCGUGGCACAGAUUUUCUCAAUGUGUUACUCAGAAUUUUAAUUUUUUAGAAGACUUGAAACCUAACGGAGUCAUUAAGUUAUUAUAUAUCGAUUGUACUUCAGUCAAAAAUAAUAAUUCCAAUGACGACAAAUCCUCAAGACUUAUUGACCAAUGGUCGAAAGAUAAAACAGUUGAACACUUAAGAUAUCAUGAUGAUAUAUGUUUGGAACUGUUGUUGAUACUAAAA